UAAGGUUGGCCUCAUAUAAUGGCCGUGCACUCUGGCCGUGCAUCACAUUGUGCUGUCCCCGCACACCACACGCCACUAUGGGGUGGCUUUUGAUUGCCGUGGCAACCUGUGCGCUAGCCUCCUCUGCCAAAGGCAACAAGUGGUGGUGGCAGUAUGAGGAAGGCAUACGACACUACAGCCAGGAGGCUCUCCACAAGGAGUUUCCAGAGAAAACCAGACCGGUGAACUUCACACAUUCUCCUUUCCAAUGUCCUGACAUGAGUCGCUCGCCCACUGUCCCCUCAUCAGUUGAGUUGGUAAAGGCAGCGGACAUUAAAGUCAUUGCUGCCCUUGGGGAUUCUCUGACGACCGCCAUAGGUGCCAAUGCCACCAACGUCCUUGGGAUUCCUAUCGAGUUCCGUCACGUGUCAUGGAGCAUCGGGGGCCAUGGAUCAUACCAAGAUGUCAUUACACUGGCAAAUAUCGUAAGGCUUUUCAAUCCCAAUGUGCUUGGUGCUGCACCGGCCAAGACUGUCCAUGGAACCUCAGCCCCCCUCAGCGAAACAGGAUUCAACCUGGCCGUGACCGGACACAACACCUUUAAUCUACCAGGGCAGACCAGACAUCUCAUCGACACACUGAGAAACUAUAAGGGCCUGAACUUUGAUGAGGACUGGAAGCUACUGACCAUUCUCAUAGGCAUGAAUGACAUCUGUGAUUACUGCAAGGAUAAGGUUCUCUUCUCAGUGGACAAUUACAUUCACUACAUGACGAACUCCUUGGAAAUGCUAAUGAAUGAGGUUCCCCGUAUGAUUGUGAAUGUAGUUCAAAUCCUGCCCAUGGAAACCUUGAGGCAGGUCCAGAGGCCCACCCCAGGCUGCCUGCUCCAACGAUCAUUCUGUUCCUGCCUGAUCAAGCCCGGGGCUGGUUCCCCUGAACUGAAGGAGCUAGUGGAGAUCAACCUAGAGUUUCAGAAACGGCUGGAGCAGCUCCUCCACUGCGAUAGCUUCUUCAGGGAGGACUUCGCCGUUGUUCUCCAGCCCUUCAUGAAACAAGCAGACCCUCCUCGCCUCCCGAAUGGCAAGAUCGACAUGACCUUUUUCACCCAUGACUGCUUUCACUUCACCAUAAAGGGCCAUGAGGAGCUAGCUAAGGGGCUGUGGAACAAUAUGUUCCAGCCAGAGGGAGGGAAGUUUAUGGUGUCAAGCUUUUCUGACCCCAUCGAGCUCAUCUGCCCACCCAUGGAUCACCCCUACAUCUACACCCGACCUGCCAAAAGAGGCCAGUCCACCAUACCCGUUGUCCCCAGGUCGGCUAUUCCAACGCGGGAAACCCUUCUUCUGUCUCACCUUGUGGUCCUGGCUGGUAUUCUGUCCUGGGCCAUCACUGCUUUAGCCUCUCUAUAACACUCUCUAUAAUACUCUAAUAAACCUCUACGUGGGGUGAAUAUAGGCAAUAUUACGGUUGCAGUUGUAAUGACUGUGGGUGUUUUCUUUGUUGCUGCCAUGCCUGCAUUGUCAAGUAUUAAACACAAGAGGGCCCACUGACCCUGGGUCUCUACCAACCCCUGUGUUCUGUGACCAUAGAGAAUGAUAGAGGCCUCUAGUGGCCAAAAGGCCUUAUAAGCAUGGGCAGCGCCAUUGAGGUCUUCUACCA